AUGCAGCCCUCAAACAGCACAUUGUCCAAGCGUCGGCGCUUCCAGCCCUCCAUAACCACAUACUUCUCCACCGGAUCAACCACCCCCGACGCUUCAGUAUCGCACAACCACUAUUCGACCGCCACCUUCUCAGCCACUCCUGUCGUCCCAGCUAAAAUCCAAUCCUCACUUCUCUCAGUCGGAAUGCGGGUCCGGAAGUCCGUAGCCGAUGGAUACAAGACUCAGAUUGCGCUGGAGAAAGAAAAGGCCAUGGCAGCGAAGGAUGCAGCGGUCGCUGAAACAUACACCACCAAGGGCUACUCCGAGCUAGCCCCCUUCUCUGGGAUGGGACGAUCCACCAGCGACCUUGUCACUGACGACGGGGAUGCGUUCUCACUCCCACCAAGCAGCCAGGAAUCGAUCACGUCAUCCGCUUCCGUUCCGAUCAUAUUGAAUGGCCAGAAGAGAAGCUUGGAUGGACGGACUGGGAUUUAUGCAGAUGAAGAAUCCGAUCUGGAAGACAAUGAGUCGUGGCGAGUGGCUCCCUUUGAACGCACCAUUCUAUCCCCAAGCUUGGGACAGCAGAGACGUCGGAUUCUUGCGAUUCGGAAAUCUCGACAGAAUGAAUUCCCGGGCAUGGAUUUAGAUGAUUUUGAAGAGGCCACCUUUCUUCGUCGACGGGAGGAGGUCGAUGCGGAAUCGGACAGUCAUAUGGACUGCGCUUGA